AGCUUCCUGUCCAACCCAGACGUGACAGAUCAACUGAAGACUCUCUGGCGCGUCUUAAAAAUCUAUUUUACAUUCAUUUAACGGGUUAUUACAGUAAUAAGGAUGAUGAUUCGCCGUUUUGAUCGCGUUUUUAAUGAGCUGUGAAUCGAAGUGGAGUUAAAUUGUCGUCUUUGGCUAACCGGCUAAUGCUAGCGAGCGGGCAUGGGAAAAGCUGGGGAAAAUUGAAAGCGGAAGUGUGACGUGCUGGAUUACGAAAGCGGAAGUGCUAGCGUGCGGAUUGUCGAUCUGGAAGCAGGUUUCUUUGUAGAAACGGAGGGAUGGACGGAGACGAAAGAGCAACUUCUGAAAGGAUUCUUCUGGAACCGUACAAGUACUUGUUACAGCUGCCAGGAAAACAAGUCCGAACAAAACUCUCGCAAGCGUUCAACCACUGGCUCAACGUCCCAGAGGACAAACUUCAGGUGAUUAUCGAGGUGACUGAGAUGCUGCACAACGCCAGUCUGCUGAUCGACGACAUUGAAGACAGCUCCAAGCUGCGGCGCGGUUUCCCGGUGGCCCACAGCAUCUACGGCGUGCCGUCGGUCAUCAACUCCGCCAACUACGUCUACUUCCUAGGCCUGGAGAAGGUGCUGACGCUAGAGCACCCCGAGGCCGUGCACGUCUUCACCCGUCAGCUGCUGGAGCUGCACCGCGGCCAGGGUCUGGACAUCCACUGGAGGGACACCUACACCUGCCCCAGCGAGGCGGAGUACCGCGGCAUGGUGCUGCAGAAAACCGGUGGCCUCUUCGGCCUCGCCGUGGGCCUCAUGCAGCUCUUCUCCCACUGGAAACCAGAUCUGAAGCCGCUUUUGGACACCCUGGGGCUCUUCUUCCAGAUCCGGGACGACUACGCCAACCUGAACUCAAAAGAGUACAGCGAAAACAAGAGCUUCUGCGAGGACCUGACGGAGGGCAAGUUCUCCUUCCCCACCAUUCACGCCAUCUGGUCGCGUCCUGAGAGCACGCAGGUGCAGAACAUCCUCCGGCAGCGCACGGAGAACGUGGAUAUCAAACGCUACUGUGUGGACUAUCUGGAGAAGGUGGGCUCGUUCGCUUACACCCGUCACACGCUGCUGGAUCUGGAAGCCGAGGCCUAUCGCUUGAUCGCUGAGCUCGGAGGGAAUCCCGAACUGGAGGCUCUGGUGAAGCAUCUGAGUCGCAUGUAUAAAGAGCCCGGGGGCGGAGCUUCGGCCAGCCAAUCGAAAGAGCUCAGAGGCGGAGCUUCGGCCAAUCAAAACAAUGACUCUGCACUGUGAUUUAAACUGUACUGUUACUUUGACUCCACAGCAAAUUGCCUUCAGUCUAAAGUCUGUCGUUUUGUCUUUACUGGCCUCUUAGUU